ACCAGAUCUCAAUACUCCAACCAACAAGUCUUCGUGAACAGUGACCACUGGAGAGAGAAAGCAUCGGAUAUCCUUGACCCCUCAGGGGAACCCAUUGCUUAUUGUAAUCCAAGAAGGCUGUUCCCUCCGAAGAGGACACGUCCUUCCCGUCUAUGGGGGGGCGUCGGGCCCCAGAAUAGUAUAUAAGCGUCAAGAAUGGCGGCAAACUCACAUUCCUCUUCCCUGCCUUCGAGUUGCUACAUCUAACCAGCCACUCCCCUUUUGAACUCCUGGCUACAAAAGGAUUCCAGACCACAAUGAUCGUUAUUUCCUGGAUCGUCCUCGGGCUGCUGAGCUGCCUAUGCCAAGCUCUCAAACCUCCAGUGUCCGCAGGCCUAAGCGCAGAUAACAGCGAUGACGGAAGCCUGCCAUUGCCUGAGAAGAGAGGGAACGUUGAUCGCAGCUUCAUAAGGUUCGGACGCAGCGGCUCCGAAGACAAGAGGGGCGCUGACAAAAGUUUCCUCAGAUUCGGCCGAGCAGGAGGAGACUACGAAGACGAAGAGGGCGCAUCGUUGACCGCUGACAAGAGGAACCGCAACUUCUUGCGUUUCGGACGCAAUCGCAACUUCCUGCGUUUCGGACGCAACCGCAACUUCUUGAGGUUCGGACGCUCCGGUCCUGAGGACGUCAGUCUUGAAGAAGGACCCAUCGACGUCCCAAUUCCCGUCCCGGAGGAAUCAACGGAGGUCGACAACUUCCGCAGAUCUGCUCUGACGAACAGGAACUUUUUGAGGCAAGAAAUUUGA